CUCUACGCACAACGCCUAGGUAGUAGUCACUGACAAACAGCACUCACCCUUGACCUUUUCUUCGACGAUGAUACUGAAAGGAGAGAACACCGAGUCAAUAGUCUAAUAAAUCACCUAAGAACGAGCGAUCAACACCGUUGGUAGUGUCGAAAAAGGUCAAGUUUCGAAACACACAUCCCCAAUCACGAGAUAGAAAUCAGACUGGCACAAUCUCAGCGUUUCAAGCAAAAAAACAUGUUCAUACAUUUUCCUUCAAUUCUUCCUUUCUACCACUGGCAAAGUCUCCUUAUUCCUCCCUUCCCCACCACCUCCCUUCCCCACCACCUCCCUCCCCUCUUCCAAAAUCUCAAGGUUUUCCCCAUCUCCCUUCAAACUCUCAAGCGCCGAGGCCACCAACUCAAACUUUUCCCAUCCCCGCCACUGAAACAACCGCAAAAAGCAGGAGUAGCAGAAGAUAAAAAAGUGAGUCGAGGCGCCUACAAAAGGCCAGUCUGUGAGCAAGAAGAAGGCAGAAAAGCUACAGAGAGAUCAAAGAGAGAGAAAAGGGUGGAAGGGAAAAGAGAACAAGCCCGAGCAAGCCAACAACAAGAGAAGAAUCCCCUCGGAAGGAUAAAAGGAGAGGAACAAAUCCUGACUCAACAAGAAAUGGAGCAAAGGAUGUAAAGAAAGCAAGGAAAAAAAACGCCAAUAAAACCCCAUACCCAUUUGAAAUGCAAAAAACCCCCAAGGCCGAGUUAAUCCGGAUUCUGUGUGUAGACCCACAACACAAAUGACG